AUGGUUGGAAUUCGCUCAUCAUCCUGGCAGUGCGCCCUGGGCGUACAGAGUUGGGGGGCUGGCGCAACGGUAGCGCGCUUGAGGGUGAGGUUGUGGUCUUUUCAUGUUCCCCUCGGCCUGGAGUCGUUGAACGGAGCAUCUGAGACCGAUCAUCGGCUGGCCCCGAUAAAAGACGACGCUCAUUCGACAGCAAGCAACCCCUGUAGUACCUCCAACCCUGAACGCCCAGCGGCGCAUCAGCAGCAGCACCAUGUUGACUUCAAUCGCAUCCGAAUCCGUGGCCACCAUAUUGUGCACCAGCAAGCAGACGCGCUUCGACAUCAAGACGGUCGACUACCGCGAAGUCUCUGCAUCACCGUCGUCGCCGGCCCGGCCUCGGAAGCCGCAUCGGGCGAGCCGAAGAAGAAGGCAGCCGCCUCCAAGGCAAAGGCGAAAGCGCGCGCCGAAGGCCUCGAGCUCCUGUCUGAUGCCAAGCUCAGACUGAAGGCUGGCCAGCGGUAUGCCCUCGUGGGCAGGAACGGCUCCGGAAAAUCAACCCUCCUAAAAGCCAUCGCCGAGAAGCUCAUCCCCGGCAUCCCCGAAGAGGCGCGCAUCUCCAUCUUGCAACAGACGGAUGCCCGUGGCACCAACACGGACGCCCCGCCGCCGGGGGCCGCUUCGAGUGCCGAAUCGCCAUCUCGCGAGCCGGGCUCGGUGCUCGAGGACGUCAUUGAGAAGGCCACGGCGCGCUCCGACGUCGAGCAGGACAUCCGGGCGCUGUCGGCCGGCAUCCACGCCACGGACCCCCUGGGCUCCGUGCGGGCGCUUCGCACCAUCCGCCACGCGAGGAAUCAGAAGCACCUCUUCCAGCUCGACAAGGAUGCGCGGCUGCGGAGUGGCGCCCGCGGCAUGGCGGCGCGCAAGGCGCUGACAGCCUUUGAGAAGACGACGGCCGAGUCGAAAGUCAUGAUCGAACAAGCAGGGGAAGACAUCUCGCCUGAAAUCUUGAGGGACGAGACGCAAGAGGCUCUCGACAUGAUGGCAGACCUGCAGCUGCAGGUUGAGCCCACAAGGAUGGCUGAGAUCGAGUCUAACGCCAAAAAGAUCUUGACUGGUCUGGGCUUCACCGACGCGUACAUGGCGAAGCCUGUCGCGAGCCUGUCGGGCGGGUGGCGCAUGCGAGCGGCCCUUGCUACGGCUCUGCUGCAGGAGACGGAUAUUUUGAUUCUCGACGAGCCGACCAACUACUUGGACUUGCUGGGAAUCAUUUGGCUACAGAAAUAUCUCGAGUCUCUCGACGACGAUGACGCGGCACCGACUCUGAUUCUCGUCUCCCACGACCGAGACUUUAUCAGCGUCUGCACCGACUUGCUCAUUGUCAAGGACAAGCAGCUGACCUAUUUCCACGGAGAUUUGCCCACCUAUGAAUCGUCCCUGUCGGAGAAAAAGCUCUACCUGACCAAGAUGCAGGAGGCGCAGAACAAGCAGAAGGCCCAUAUCCAGCAGAGCAUCCAGAAUAACAUGAAAGCCGGCAGAGCGAACGACGACCAGAACAAGCUGCGCCAGGCCAAGUCGCGGCAGAAGAAACUCGACAACCGCAUGGGCCUGACGGUCAGCGCCAAGGGCGGUCGCUUCAAGCUGAAUCGCGACCUGGUCGGAUACCACCUCACGGCGCGCGCGGACAUUGACGUGCCCCAGGACGAGCGGUCUGUGAGCUUCAUCAUGCCGCAGCCGCCGGACCUGCGGUUCCCGGGCGCACUGCUGUCGGUGGAGAAUGCCACGUUCCGCUACCCGACAAAGGUGAGGACCAAGACGCCCGCGCCGCCGGUGCUGCAGGACGUCAGCCUGAUGGUGCACAUGGGGGACCGCGUCGGCAUCCUGGGCCUCAACGGCGCCGGCAAGUCGACUCUGAUCAGGCUUCUCGUCGACGAGACAAAGCCGACCUCGGGCACGGUGACGCGGCAUCCACGGCUGAAGCUGGGGUACUACUCCCAGCACGCGGUCGAGGCGCUGCAGGCGAUGGGCCGCGCCGACGAGUCGUUGACGGCUCUGUCGCUGCUGACCGGCGAGGUGGAGGGCGAGCUCGACGAAGGCGAACUGCGCGGCCUGCUCGGAUCGCUCGGGCUGCCAGGUCGCACGGCGUCAGACGUGCCCCUGACCAAGCUCUCGGGCGGGCAGCUCGUGCGGUGCGAGCUCGCCAGGCUCCUCUGGAAAUGCCCGCAGUGCCUCAUCCUCGACGAGGUGACGACGCAUCUGGACUACGAGACGGUCACGGCCAUGCGCGAGGCGCUCUGUGACUGGGAGGGGGCGGUGGUGCUCGUGAGCCACGACCGGUGGUUCAUGCGCGGGGCGGUGGAGGGCCAGAUAGAGGACAGCGACGAUGAGGCGGAGGAUGACUCGGAGGACGAGGCGGCGCCGCGGCGACGCAUGGUGUACAAGCUACGGGCCGGCAAGCUGAGCAAGCUGGAGAGGGGGACGACGGAGUUUGAGGAGAGCGUCGAGAAGAGGUGCCCCCUCGACGGUCCUGACCUCGAAGCUGCCACCCAGGGGCACCUCGACAAUGGUGCCAUCGACACAGACCUUGCGCCACCGCGGAUCCUCCUCCCGGACCGUGACCCUGAGGGCCUCAACCUCGUCGUACGCGACGUCGUCCAUGCCGACGUGCCGGCCGCCGUCAUACGCCGACUUCAAAUGCCGGGAGACACGCGCCGCUUAAAGGACCGGGUGUACGACGCGAGGCGAAGGACAAGCGGGGCGCUGUCGGGCGAAAAGAGAAAGCAAGUAGCACAAGAUGCCAUCGCCUCCGCCAGCGGCACCGGCGGCCGGGGCGGGGGCGCCGUCGACGUCAGCCAGGUAGGCGUGCGACUCGGCGAGCAGGGCGGCAGCGACCAUGCCGAAGCGGGCGGCGCCGUGGGCGCGGUAGGCGGGCGUGUCGGAUUCCCAGACGAGCUGGGCGUGGAAGCCGUAGCUGGCGACGAUGGCGCCGUGGAGACUCGCGAUCGGGGGCGCGACGGCGGUCGAGGGGUCGCUGCUCACGAGGGUCGCGCCCUGGGGAAACGAGGCCAGGAAGGAGGGCAGCGGGGCGGGCGUGCCGCGGGCCAGGGUGCGCAGGGCGAGGACGAGGGGCGAGGGGCUUUGCGGCAGGGCGUAGAGGGGCUUGUGGAGGGAGUGGAAGAGGGCGUUGGCCGUGCCGAGGGGGACGAGGACGAGGGAGGGUCGCGGGCCGGGGGGUGGCGAGGGCGAGGUUGUGCCGUUGAGGAGGUCGACGAUGCCGCCGUCGCCGCUGAGGAGGAUGAUGGUCUCGCUUCGUGUGACGAGCAGGUGGUAGCCGUCAUGGCCCCCGUCGGCGUCGUCGUCGGCGUCGUCGUCGGCGUCGUAGACCUUGUCGAGCAGGAAACGGAGGAGGGGCUGGAGUGCCAGGGUCCAGAAGGUGGAUGCCAUGCCGAGGCCAGAACCCGUGGAGACGACGACGUGGAUGUCCCUGUCUCGGUGAAGGUGGCGUGGCCACGACGAGACCAGAUGUUGGUCGAGAAGCUCUCGUGGCAGGGUGUCGGCGACGAAGCUGGCGAUGCGGUAGGGGGUGUCUGUGCUGGCUGCAUCUUCGUGAAGGUGGACGAGGAUGUAGCGCGGCGCCGCAGCGUCGACGGCGAUGCGGGCUGGGAAGAUGGCGAUGAUUUCCUCGACGGGGAUGCGCUGCCGCGUGUCGUUGGUGUCGAACACGACAUGUCCCUCUUCGACGACGACACCGAGUGCGAUGGGCGUCUCGGCUGCAAGGUCGACUGCUGCCUCGGUCUUAUAUUCUCACGUAAGGAGGGUCGUGCGACGAGCCGUGACGAUGAAGCAUUGCGGUCCGCAAUUGCGUUAUUUCCAUUAUCCUUUGCGAUUCCAUGUCUGUUGUUGGGUGAUGUGCUGGUGCCAGUGCCUGUGCCAGUGUCUGUGCCAGUGCCUGUGCCUGUGCCUGUUGCUGGUGCCUGUUGCAAGUGCGAGCUCAUGGUGCCUGGUGCCUGCUGCAAGUGCGAGCUCAUGGUGCCUGCUGCCUGUCCAUGGUGCCUGUCCAUGGUGCCUGCUCCCUGUACAAUGCCCUGA